UAGAAUUGGUUCUUUCGUAAACGACACUAAAAGGCGGUGGCAAAAUAAAUGCCUAGCAGAUUGCAUAUUUUAUCAUGAAUGGUUCUGCAACUGGAUCAUCAAUGAAGGUGAUAUAAAAUGGGAUCUGAUUAAAGGAUAUGGCGUUUUGAUAAAUUCAAGGAAAAACGUUCUUUACGAUGAAAAGGCCAUUUUGAAAAGUCCAGUGAUAAAGGGUCAUAAAUCCAUGAUGUUUCGUUACCAAAUGUAUGGUGGAGGCGUAGACACUGUAGCUGCUAUUGUUACUAGAAGUAAUAACAGCAUCAAAGAAGCUGUGUGGUUUAAAUAUGGUGACCAGAGUAAUAACCUUUGGAGAAACGUGUGCUUGGCACUGGAAUACGAUGGAGAUUAUAAGGUUUCGUUUGAGGCUGUGUUCAGCUCCAAUAAGACUACAGACAACUGGAGCAUUGCCUUGGGAUCCUUACUUCUCGACGACUACGUGUCAGUCUGCAAAACCAAUCACAGCUUCCAUAAUAUCAGCUAUUUAGACCCGGCAAGAUCUGAAAUAUCAACAGCAAAUUGCAGCUUCAAAGGGACAAGUUGUGGGUGGCGAACAGCCGUGAAUCUAAUGGUGCAGGAUGGUCUUUUGUGGAAAACAAGAAACAAAAAGGCCGAUUUUAAAGGAAUAACAGAUCCAAAUUUGCCGUCGUAUAUACAUACAUCAGCUGGCAAUGAAAGUUCUGAAAAUAAAACCAAAGCGAUUCUAAUAAGUCCUCGAUUGCUUGGACCAUCUUGCAUGACUCUCACCUACAGCAUGAGCAACGCUACCAGCAAGUUAGCGAUUGUUUUGUUAAAAAAAAGAAAUCCUUUUGUUUUCCUUAAACUAUGGGAAACCAAUAAUACAGGAAAAGCUGUAAAGAAAAUCAAAAUAAGCCUAACAUAUGACAAGCCAUUCCAGGUAUUGGUCAUUGGCUAUCCAAGCCCAGAGCAGGAAGAUAUCAUUCUGUAUAAUGUUCUUUUUUUAUCUGGUCGGUGUUACGAUGGGUAUACUACUGGUCAAGAUGAAAGUGGCUUAAGAUCAAACGUUAUUUACGUUAAAAGUAGUUUUACAAAUGCCCAAAUCGCAAGUCCUUGGAUGACUGGACAGCAAUGUAUGAAUUUCUUUUAUCGUAUCUCAGAUGGCCCAUUCGCAGAUUACACAAGUUACAUUGCGGUUUUUAUACAUAUAAUGGCAAGAUCUGACCUUAAACCGCUCUGGGUAAAGUCUCACAAUGGAGUACAUAAGUGGAAUAAUGCAGAAAUAUUCUAUAGUAACACUAAACUGUUUCAGUUCAUAAUCGAGAUGCGAUCUGAGAAUGCCUCUUCAACUGCAAUCGAUGACAUCACUUUUUCUCAAGCACCAUGCAGUCAUCAUGGAGAAAUUGUCACUUACUACUUGAAAAAGAACGCUGUAAAGCAGGAAUACAAGAUUGAGCGACAUCCUCUGGUUUACAAUGGGUACUCGAUGGUUAUGGAAUUCCAAAUAGAACGUUCUCUAAACAAUCUCUCAAGUGGUUUACAUUGUGUUAAUCCCAAACCUAGCCAUCGCAAAGAAAUCGUAUCCAAAGAAAAAGAUCUUUGGAAGGAUAAAUAUAAUUUGCCAAUGGACUGCUUUUUUCUUAAUACCAGUGCAAAUGUUAAAAGGUUGUAUGCGUUUUAUGACGCCGAUUUUGAGAAGCAGGUUGAGUACACGCUAACAAACGCAAGCUGUCAAUGCCAUCCAAAAGUGAAAACAUUUGCAAUCAAGAAUGCCAGGAUACCGGGUAAUUAUGAAUUUACGUUUAAGCAUAACAAAGUUAUUUGCGAAUAUACCAAAGACUCUCAGAAGGCGUUUGAAAAGCUACCAGCAGUUUUUAUAUACUGCGGGACCAUGGCGGUACUGAAAUGCACCGUUGUUGUUCCAAGCACGAGGCAGCUGAGCAAUUAUGAGUUGUGA